AUGGCACCUACACCUCAAUGGGUCAAGGACCUCAAGCCUGCGGGCCCUCAAGGCACCGAGCUUCUGUCGCAAGAGAGAGCAAAGUCCAACGUCAAUGUCAAGGCAUUGUCGACCUUCCUGUUCACGCAAGAAGGACUCGACCAGAAACACCGAAUCCUCAAGAUCCUUCAGCAGGAGAAGGUGUUUGACAAGUCGCAAAACUACUUUGCCGGUCGCAUUGACCGCUUCGAGACGGCGCUUGCAAGAGCAAAGAAGCUCCGACAGCUGCAGGUCAAGCACAACUGGACUGACCAGGACAAGUCGAUUGCCAAUGAGCUCAUCAGUGAGCCCGGCCCAUACGGUCUGCACGAGAGCAUGUUCUUGAUCACCCUCCGCGACCAAGGCACACCCGAGCAGCACGAGAAGUUCCUGAAGCCAGCAAGAAACUACGAAUACAUUGGUUGUUACGCCCAGACCGAGUUGGGCCACGGCUCAAACGUCAGAGGUCUCGAGACGACAGCAACAUGGAAUGCCGAGGACAAGACUUUCAUCAUCAACUCGCCCACCCUGACUGCCAGUAAGUGGUGGAUCGGCUCCCUCGGCCGCACCGCCAACCACGCCGUCGUCAUGGCCCAACUCUACAUCAACAAGAAGCCUUACGGCCCCCACCCCUUCGUCGUCCAGAUCCGUGAUCUUAAGACACAUCUGCCGCUACCCAACAUUCACAUUGGUGACAUUGGUCCCAAGUUCGGUUACAACACCAUGGACAACGGUUUCCUGCUGUUCAACAAGGUCAAGAUUCCUCACAUCAGCAUGCUUGGUCGCUUCUCCAGCGUCGACCCCAACACCAGCAAGUACCUGCAGCCCGCCUCUCCCUCGCUCAUCUACGGUACCCUCACCUGGGUCCGUAGCACCAUCGUCCUCCAAUCUGGUAGCGUCUUGGCCCGUGGUGUCACCAUCGCCACUCGCUAUGCCGCUGUCCGUCGCCAGUUCCAGGAUCGCGAUUCGCAAGAUCCCAAGUCGGACGAGAACCAAGUCCUCAACUACACAACUGUCCAGAUCAGACUUCUGACUCUGUUGGCAACCUGCUACGCUCUGCAUUUCACCGGUCGCGGUAUGAUGCAGCUUUAUGAGGCCAACCAGAAGAAGAUGGCUCAGAACCCUGACAAGGCAAAGACUUCCAAGCGUGGCGCAGGUCCUGAGGAGGUCACUCCUGGCAGUGAUUUGCUUGCCGACCUUCAUGCCACCUCUUGCGGUCUCAAGUCAUUGGCCUCUUCCACUGCUGUCGACGGUCUCGAAGUGUGUCGUCGCGCUUGCGGUGGCCACGGUUACAGCAACUUCUCAGGUAUCGGUCCUUGGUACGCCGAUUACCUGCCUACCGCCACAUGGGAGGGUGACAACUACAUGUUGACACAGCAAGUCGCCCGCUACCUCCUCAAGUCUGCCCGUUCAGUACUCAAGGGUAACGAGCCCACCAACGACACAACUCACAUUCUGGCAAACUUCCUCGCCAAGUCUGACACCGGCGCUGCCUUCAACAUCAUGGACAAGGAUGAGGAUCUGGUUGCCGCCUUUGGUUGGAGAUCAGCCUUCCUCACCUUCGAGGCUCUCAAGCACAGAGAUGAGAACAAGAAGGCCUGGAACGAUCUCCUCGUCGACUUCUACCGCCUGUCCCGCGCUCACUCGCAAUACAUGGUCGUCAAGAACUUCUACGAGGCUCUGAAUUCGUCAUCCGUAAAUUCCGACCUCGACCCCGAGACCAGAGAACUCAUGCACAAGCUCUUCCGCCUCUACGCUCUUCACACCCUCGAGUCCGAGGCUUCGGAAUUCUACACUUCCGCUGCCGUCACCGUUCGUCAAAUCCAGCUUGCUCGCACCAAUGCAGUCAUGAAGCUUUUGGCCGAGAUCCGUCCUCACGCCAUCAGAUUGGUUGAUGCAUGGGACUUCCCUGACUGGCAAUUGGAUUCGUCACUCGGCCGUCACGACGGUAAAGUGUAUGAGGAUAUGUUCUACCGUGCUAGCGAGUUGAACCCUUUGAACGCCAUCACUGUGGAUCCUUAUCCGAAUAGCGACGUCUUGUUCAAGUCGAAUGAUAGCGACAAGUUCAAGAGUAAGCUUUAG